AUGUACGCUGUACACGUGACACUCGUCAAGGCUGUGGACUUGCCGUCCGCCGACUUCAACGGCAAGAGCGACCCGUACGUGGUUUUCCAGCUGGCCAACACGACGCACAAGAGCUCCAUGAUCCCUGCCAACCUCAACCCGGAAUGGAACCCCGAAGAGACUUUCGCCUUCAUCGCCGACGACCCCAGCACCGCCGUGCUGGAGGUGAACGUGUUCGACCACGACCGCAUCUCCAAGGACGACAAGAUCGGUUUCUGCCACGUGCCACUCGCCUCUCUCGUGGACAAACCCGAGUCCGAGGUGCUCAUGUACGAGCUGGAGUUGCCCGCGGCUUUCGCCAAGCAGAAGCGUAAAAGCGCCAUUAUGCUCGAGAUCAAGCUGGAAAAGGAGGACUAG